AUGAUAGUGUAUAUAUUAUUUUUCAUAAUUUGUGGAUUUUCUAAUAGUGUAAUUUUACAUGUAGGAAAGAAAAAUAUUAAUUUAUUUUUAAACAGUUCUUCAAAUAAUUAUCCUUUAAGAGAAAUAUUAAAAAGGAAAAUAAAUUCAACGGAUGUAAAAGAAAAUGUAAAGUUAAUAGAUAAUAAGCAAACUUCUAUUUUGAGAAAUUCAGAAAAUAAAAAAAUUGGAAUAAAGGAAAAUUCUGAUAAACUUAAUAAUAAGAUAGAAUUAGAAAAAAAUAAAAAAUCAUAUAUAGAAGAUUUAAAAAAUUAUUUUGAUUUUAAUAUAUAUUUAGAAGAGAAUAAAUUAGAAGAAUAUGUUUCUGAUAUUAAUGUAAGUAAAGAAGAAAUGUGUGUUCUAUAUGAAGAUAUGCAUUUAGGAAGGUUGUUUGAAAAUUUAGUGGCAAAAUUGUAUUAUAAUAAAAAAGUAAACGGGUUUGUUCAUUUAUAUAAUGGCCAGGAAGCUAUCAGUUCAGGAAUUAUAAAGAAUUUAAGAAAUAGUGAUUAUGUUACUAGUACUUAUAGAGAUCAUGUUCAUGCGAUUAGUAAGAAUGUUUCUCCAAAUAAAAUUUUAAAUGAAUUAUAUGGAAAUUAUUAUGGUAGUACAAAUAAAGGAAAAGGAGGAUCUAUGCAUAUAUUUAGUAAAAAAGAAAAUUUUAUUGGAGGUUUUGGAUUUAUAGGUGAACAGAUUCCGAUUGCUGUUGGUUUAGCUUAUAGCAUUUUAUACAAAAAAGAUUUUUCUUCAUCUAAAAAUAUAUUAGAAGAGAUAAAAAAUGCUACUAAAGAAGAAAAUAAUAAUUUUCAAGGUACAAAAGAAAAUGAUAUAGAUGUAGUUGUAUGCUUUUUAGGAGAUGGAACGACAAAUAUUGGCCAAUUUUUCGAAUCAUUAAAUUUAGCAUCUACAUUUAAUUUGCCAAUCAUUUUUGUUAUAGAAAAUAAUAAUUGGGCUAUCGGAAUGGAGAGUUCAAGGAGUUCAAUAAAUGAUCUUAUGAAUAAUUAUUCUAAAGGGAAAGCAUUUAAUAUAGAUAGUUAUAAAUUAGAUGGUAAUGAUGUUUUAACCAUUUAUAAAUUAACAAAAAAAAAAAUAGAUCAAAUUAGAAAAAGAAAAUGUGGACCAGUUUUAAUUGAAGCAAUUACUUAUCGACAAAAAGGACAUUCUCUAGCUGAUCCAGAUGAACUUAGAAAAUCGGAAGAAAAAAGUUCUUGGAAGAAAAGAGAUCCUUUAGUAUUUUUAUCGAAUUAUAUGAAAAGAUAUAAUAUUGUUGAAGAUAGUUAUUUUGAAGAAGUUAAAAAAAGAAAUCAAAAAAUACUUAAAGAUAUAGAAAAUGAUGCAGAAGAAAAUAAGAAAAAAAGUGAAAAUAUAAAUAUAUGUGAUAUAUUAAAAGAAAAUAUUUUUGCUCCAUCUCAAAUUACUCCUUACCAAAACCAAUAUGAAAAUUAUCAAAAAUAUGAUGAACUAUCGAAUUCAGAAUUAAAAGAAUAUUAUGAAGCUUAUCUUAAGGAAAAUCAACUAAAAAAGGAAAAGAAAAAAGCAGACAUUAAUGAAAAAUUUAACGAAAAGAAGUUACCUUUAAUAAUAGACUAA